AUGUCGACGGCAAAGGCCACCAAGAAGAGCGCGUUCUCCUGCGAGCCGUGUCGCAGGCGCAAGGUCAAGUGCGGCGGCGAGCAGCCCAUGUGCCAACGCUGCACUGCUCGCAACGAUGAAUGCGUGUAUAAACUGAACCCGACGUUGUCGUACACGCAACGGCUGGAAGACCGCAUCAAGGAUCUGGAGGAACAGCUUGCAAAGGCGACAUCGGCUACACCACCGGCGGCCACGGACAGCAAAUCUCCCGCAUCAAGUCACUCAAGCCCUCCGGCCCUGCAAGACUCCCGGCAGCAAAUCGACGACAGCAUAGCCCGCAGUUUCCGUGGCCUCAAGAUAGACGAUAAGGGCGGCAUUACCUACCAUGGGACUACGAGCUUUUUCAACCUCCCCAGUGACCGCAGCUCUGCUGCCGUAGCGGUCGACUUACACGCCUCUGCUUCUGAUGUCGAAAGCCAGCGGAGAGAGCGUCUCGUCUCAAACGCAUGGCAGCAGCGUGUCUUGGAGGAGCACUCCGGAAUUCCCGAACCGUUCCAAACACUACUGAAUGUCCACUGGUGCUGGAUACAACCCCUCUUCAACUUCAUCUACCGACCUGCCUUUACACGCGACAUGCAAUCCCUGGGUCCGUAUUAUUCCCAUACGCUCCUCAACGCCGUUCUCUCACAUUCAAUACGUUGGGCAAAGAGCGAUCCAAAUACAAAGCGCAUUCUCGAUGAAUCAUACGACGGAGGCGCCGUUUUUGGUAAGCACGCACGCAGCAUGCUGUUUGACGAGCUGAGCAGGGGUGUUUGCACGAUCCCGACUGUCCAAACCCUGCUGCUCUUAAGCGCGCAGGAGUGUAGUCUCGGGAAUACAACCCAGGCUUGGACAUACAGCGGACUGGCGUUCCGGCUGAUAGACCACUUGGGAAUAUGUGUGGACGGAGAGCGAUAUCCUGGCUCGGUCCAUUUCAGCGACGAAGAAGUGGAAAUCCGGCAUCGAGUCUUUUGGUCGUGCUAUUUCUGGGACAAAGUCAUCAGUCUCUAUCUCGGUCGAUCGCCCUCACUAAAGCACACUACCGUGUCUCCACCCCAGAUCAUGUUCGAUGACUCUGCUGAGAACGAGCUGUGGGUUCCGUUUGGCGCGCCUCCACUUCAAACUGCACCUUGGAAGUACCCACCGUCCACCGCUCACUCGGCUUCGUGUUUUCUGAGCAUGUGUCGGCUAUCCGUCAUCUUCAACGAGAUCUUGAUUCACAUGUACGACCCACUCAUGCAAAAUACGGAAUCCGAGGUACAGGAGUGCUUGAUUGCCCAGGAACCGGCUCUGCAGCAGUGGUGGGACGAGCUGGCCCCGUAUCUGAAGCUGGAGCCCAUGGCCUUGCCCAACCUGGCCCCACCAUCUCAUAUUGUUACCACGAACUGUCUCUAUCACACGUUCAAAAUCCUUCUUUACCGCCCAAUGCUCACCCGAAGAAAACUGGAAGACGACGUUGCGUCUCAUAAGCGGUACCUUGUUGAAUGCGUAACGUCCGCCACGGCCAUCAUUGCCAUCUUUGACCUCUUUUGCCGGACAUUCACGAUGAACUACUGUGUGCUGUCACUGGCAUACAGUGUCUACAUUGCCUCAUCAAUAUUCUUGCUCCAAGUCCAAGCUUCCCCGGAUGAUGGACAGGCCCUUGGGCGCCUAAACUUCUGUAUCCAGGCUUUGAAACAAGUCAGGACUUUUAGCCCAGUUAUCGGCAGCGCUAUAAAUUUAUUGAACAAGGAGCUUUCAGCAGUCGGGAUCUCCUUAGACGUGCAAGACCACCACCAGCCACCUCCACCUCCACCCCCUACCACCGAAUAUUCCCAAGGAAGUCCAUUGUAUCAAACCGUCGAGACACCCUCUUCGCAACCGCAGUCUGCUCAUCCGUUGUUUCAUGUCCCUUCAACUCACAGCUACGGCUCUCAUACCAUGUCCAUGGAUCCAGGCAUCUUUGAGGCAAUGUCAUCUUUAGAGCCACUCAGUGUCCGAGUCGGCGCUCUUCCUAAUACCGAUAACCAAAAUCCUUUUUAGUCGCCACCGGUCGUCAGGUUUGCGAGCCUGUCGUCUCGUCCUUGGAGAGCCAUCCUUGGAAAGUAGUCGAAACGCUUAAAGAAUAAGCUUUCAUCGUAGCUCGGCUUAAAACAAGAGCUAGACCGUGCCACUGUAGACGGCCACGGCUGCUCGUCCCAAAUCUUGGAGUAUAGUUUGGUAUGAUCCUCGUCAUGUGUCCAUGACGACUAUCUCGCGAGCGGUAUCGUCCGGGCGUCGGUUCGAACGUCGAGCUGAUGUCUCAUAUAGGACUGUGUCCGCUAGACAGAAAAAAAAAGAUUCAUCAC